AUGGUAAAUGAUACCGAUGAAUUCCUACCUUCACUUCUUGGUGAGAUGAAGGGCAGAGAAUGGGCCAAGUUCAAUCCAUUGGCAAUACUUUCUUCGUUGUUGAUGGUCUUCUCCACUUCCGUGGUCCUCGGACCAGAGUUCUCCAGAGACACGGAGCUUGUUGAGCAAAUAACUUCGCAUGUGUUGGGCAUCGAAUUAGUGCUAGCGGAAUUCGAUCGAUAUCCACGAAUCCUGUGGCCCUUAGUAUGGGGAUUUUCCUCAGCAACCCGCAACUUUCGCUCAAAUAUCUUGAAUUUGAAGAAAAGGAUGGUUCCCGAAAUAAAAUACCGCAUAAAAAUGCUACGAUCAGGCGAAAAAGCCGAUGAGGAUCUAACAAUGCUAACCUUGUUUUUGAAGCUGGCUUUGAAGGAUGGCAUUCUUUCUCAGCAAGAGUGCCCUGGGUCUGAGGAGAAGCAGGUUGACAGCCUGUUCAUGAAGACCUUGUUCCACAUCUAUGAAAUUUGGGGGCCUAUCGCGCCACUUACAGGUGCCAUGUUUGCUCAGGCAAUGGCAAAUCUUGAACUUGUGGGCGAGCUUAGGGAGGAGAUUUCGAGUUCCUUGGUCUCGUUGGGCGGGUGGAAGCCUGAUAUCCUGACACAAACACGAACACCGAAACUGGAAAGCUUCACGCGCGAGAUCUUGCGUUUACAUGCGCCAAUUUCAAGCAAGUAA